CCCCCAACGUGCCGCCCGGCGCCCCCGCCGCCCGCCCCCCGCACUUUAAAAAAUGCUGCCACUGGACUUGGUUGGAACGAUGUAAAGCAGACUGUAGAUUGCUCAGAUGAAUGGUGGAACGAGCAUCUUGCGAGAUGCGACGAUCCAAGUAACGGAAGGAAAUGCAAACAUGUUCAGUUCAGAAAACAUGGUCCGGACAACUUGGAGGCGAUGCACAUCAUGUUUGGAAGUGCACAUGUUACUGGGGCAUCUGCUUCCAUACCUGGAGAUUUAUCUGAUAAUUGCAGUGAUGAUGAAGUGCAUGAGGUUGAGAGAAGCCCCUCAAAUAUCCACAUGUCCACUAUGCUCCAACAGAAAGGCAAGAAGCGUAAAGCCUCUUCUUCUACGUGUGCGGAUGAUAAGGAAGAGAAAAGUCCAUUUUUACGUCUAUAAAAACAAACCUGCAGCAAGAUCGAAGAUGGAGUGAACAAGAUUACCAGUAGUAUAGAAGCUUCAUCGGCUCCUUAUAUGACCAGCCACAUUCCUACCCUUGCGGAGGCCAUGAGGAUGGUGAAAGAAUGUGGAGUACAGGAGAAAACUGCCCUCAUGCAUACAGCUGCAAUAUCGAUAAUGAAACCUGAAUUUAGGGAGCUCCUCGGAUUGUUUGAGAUAAAUAAAGGAAGACUUGAUUUGCUGCAAAGGGAGCAUGAGAUGAAGAAGUUGCCUUAAUCAUUACGUUCGUUCUUAUUAUUUGAAUCCUUAUUAUUUUUUGGACCAUUAUAUUAUUGUUCUUGUGUAAGCAAACCAUUAUGUUUGAGUCCUUGUAUGUUCAGACCCGUAUUUGUAUGAAUAAUGAUUUGUUUGAGUCCUUAUAUGUUCAGACCUGUAUCUUGAUAAUCUGAAAUGUGGCUUAUGGUAUGUACUUGUUAUGCUCGUGCUUGCAGAGCUAUGGACGAAUUGGCAAAGAAGGGUCACAACGGACUUCAACUUCUAGCCGAGUUGUCCAAGCAGGCUGCCACCAUUGGUCAUUUAGGUGACCGGUACACCGAAAGGUACUUGAAUAAAAAUGAUUACAGAAAUCCUCAACAAUCUGGAAUUGAGUGGGUCGAAGAGUGCCUAGCUGCCCCUAAAUAUUUCUACAAGAUGUUUAGGAUGACUCCUGAGGUUUUUAUGGUCCUUCAUAAUUUGCUUGUCGCUAACUACGGUUUGAAGUCAACAAGCAAUGUUUCAUCUGUGGAGUCACUGGCUAUGUUUUUAUGGAUUGUUGGAGGACCUCAAUCUUUUUCUCAAGCUGAAAACCGCUUCGUUCGGUCCCUAUGGACAGUUCACACUAAAUUUAAGGAAGUCUUGAAAUAUUUGCGAAAAUUAGCAAAAGAUAAUAUCACACCGAGGGACCCUACUUUCAGUACGGAGCAUGCAAAGGUUAGAGAAAACCGUUUCUGGCCUCAUUUCAAAGAUGCUAUUGGAGCUAUAGAUGGGUCACAUGUACAAGUUUCGGUACCUACAGAGGAUGUUGUCAACCACACAUGUCGGCAUGGGUACACAUCGCAAAAUAUUCUAACAGUUUGUGAUUUUGAUAUGAGGUUUACUUUUAUGGUUACUGGUUGGCCGGGCUCUGCACAUGACACACGGAUCCUCAAUCAUGCCUUAACAAAUUUUGGUGACAAAUUUUCGAAACCACCUACAGUCAAAUACUAUCUUGUGGAUUCCGGUUAUCCGAACCGAACCGGAUAUCUUGCUCCUUAUAAAGGAAGUACAUAUCAUCAACCCGAAUUUCGUCUUCGCAGACAGCGAGCACCUCAAGGGAAAUAUGAGAUGUUCAAUUAUUUGUAUUCAUCCCUUUGCAAUGUAAUUGAGCGUGCAUUUGGAGUCCUUAAGCAAAAGUGGCAUAUAUUGAAGUCGAUGCCAAGUUUCUCAAUUCGUACGCAGAUGCAUAUCAUUAUGGCUUGCAUGGCAUUGCACAAUUUUAUUCGUGAUAGCGCGUUACAAGAUGAUGCGUUUGACAAAUGUGAUGAAGAUGAGAACUAUAUGCCGCGAGAUGAGGACGACACCGAGGAACAAGAAGUGGCGCAACUAGAAGUGGAUGAAAUUCUUGAGGAGGAGAAUGAGGUUACCAUGAACACUGUUCGUGAUAACAUAACUAAUGCUUUGAUUAGUUGAAGAUAAUAUUUUAGUUAGGUCGAGGUGGAUCUAUAUAUCUUUUGUAUUAAUUAUAUAUGUCAAACAAUUCUAAUUAUGAUAA